AUGCACCAAGACAAACUCGAGAUCAUAGUGCCAUCGCUUGCACACAAGUGCAUCAGAUGUGAACAAACUCAGAGUAUAUCUUGCACCAUUUCUGGUAUGGCAUGCGCUACUCCUCCUUUGGUCGUCAUUUUACAAAUUGAGAAACUUGUGGAGUGGGCACUAACAUUUCAAAGAAAACCAAUUGUGUCAUUUUCUUGUUACACACAAUGCUGGAUUGAACAUCGUGUUGUGCCUCAGGAGGGAUAUCGGGUCCUUCCAUUUUCUGGACUGAAUAUUUCGGUAUCUGGAAUUCCUGCAGGUGAGUGCAAGGAGAUGGCAAAGCUUAUCUGCAAAAUGGUGAAGAUAUUCUGCGAUCUCACAAGAAAGUGUACACAUUUGAUAUGUGAUGCUCCUGAAGGUGACAAGUACAAGGUUGCACAAACGUGGGGCCGUAUCAAUAUUGUUACUCGGAAAUGGUUUGAUCAGUCCAUAGCCAGAAAAGGAUGUCUUAAUGAGGAUUUGUACCCUGUUGGUAGCCUUUCUGGAACUUCAAAUAAAUUGACAAGGGUUUGCUUGACUGCUCACAAUAGCCAAGAAAAGGUUAUUGUGAACUCAGAUGUACCGUCCUCAUUUCUUGCCGAUUCAAAAUUCACAGCAGUUGCUGGUCCUUGGUUUUCAGACGUGGAUGUUGAAGUUACUCUUUCACAGAGCACGCCUAUGUUUUCAGAUGCUUCUCAUUUUAUAAAUGAGGUUGAUGUUGAAGUGCCAGUGGCGAUGGGAAGGAAUGAAGAAAACACUGUUAAUUGCCUUGCAAAUGACUUUCAGUCUGAAGAAAACGACCUAUAUUUGUCAGCAUGUAGAAUAAAAGUUGUUGGGUUUGAAGCUUCUGAGAUGCAGAAGGUUGUAAAUAUGAUUCUCAGAGGUGGAGGCUCCCGAUACAUGUUGUUCAAUGACAAAUUAACACACAUAAUAGUUGGAGAUCCGUCAGAAAUGGAGAAAAAGGAGGUUAGAGAUAUUGCCACUUCGGGAGUCGUUCAUGUGGUUAGAUCCAACUGGCUUGAAGAUUGUGAUCGUCAGAAGAAGGAGAUCCCUAUUCUUGGUAGACACAUGGCAUAUGAUGAAAUUAUUCCUAAAGCAUCUAGUAAAAUGAGCACCAUUGUUAUGGAUCGGAAUAAAGUUCCAAAUGUUCACCCAAUCGUGCCAUCAAAUGUGUCAGAAGGAAAUAUUCAUGUUAGCAUUGGAAAAACGUCAAUAGCAGUGGAAAGAAUUGAAGAAAAAAGUGAAUGGAGACAGGAAAAUGAAAUUAUCCCAGAAAAGCCAAUAAUGUGUAGCAAAUGGUACAAACAAGAGUCAAGAAAAGAUGGGGCGUGAUUUCAUGGUUUUGUUUUUCUAGUUCCUUUCCAGAAGAUCGGGUAUGUUGUUGAUUCUUUCCUCUUAUUUCAAACAGCAUGAUUAAUGUACACUAUGCACUUUAGGUUUUAGAUGUAUUAUUGUGGUAAAUAGCAUCCAUUUUUUAAAAAAUAA